AAUAUUUUUCCACUGCCUCCUAAUAAUUAUUAUUAUUUUUCUUUCCUUUUUUUUCCUUUCUUCUCUCCUCUGUCGCGUUUUCGAAGGUCGGAGAAAGCUUUCGCAGAAGAAAAAAAAAAAAAAAGCUAGAGAGAGAAAGAUACAGAGAGAGAGAGAGAGUGGUUAGGGUUUCCCGUUCGAUUUCGUUGCCUUCCGAGAGCUGAAUCUCCCGCCUCUGUAUCCGUUGCUUCCAAAACCCUAACUUUGCUUUCUCGGGCUCGAUUUGGUGUUGGAGGUGGAGAACUCAGUGAUGGGCGCCGCCCCGGAGAAGUCUCAUUCUAAUUCCAAUUCGUUGCAGAGAGUGAAGGUGUAUCAUUUGAAUGAAGAUGGUAAAUGGGAUGAUAGAGGAACUGGGCAUGUAAGCAUCGACUAUGGGGAGCGUUCUGAAGAACUCAGUCUAUGUGUAGUCGAUGAGGAAGAUAACGAAACGUUACUUGUGCAUCCUAUCAACACUGACGAUAUUUACAGGAAGCAAGAAGACACAAUAAUUUCGUGGAGAGACCCUGAGCGCUCAACAGAAUUGGCUUUGAGCUUUCAAGAGACUGCCGGGUGCUCUUAUGUAUGGUUAGUGAAGAAAUUUCUCCCAUUAUCCAUGUCUAUUCCUCCUUCAUUUCUACAUCUCCCAAUACUCUUGACUGGAAUUAUUGUUUUUGUAAUAUUCAGGGAUCAAAUCUGCAGUAUGCAACGAAAUUUGCAUUUCGGCUCUUUGAACAGUGAAACAUUUCACAGCCUGAAUAGUGAGUUGAAGGAGCUUCCUGCUGUAGAGCUUACUACACUUCCUCUAAUACUGAAGAUUGUUACAGAGAGUGGCAUGACAGAUCAGAUGCGUCUUACUGAAAUUAUAUUGAAGGAUCAUGAUUUCUUCCGGAAUUUGAUGGGUGUGUUUAAAAUAUGUGAGGAAUUGGAAAAUGUUGAUGGUCUUCACAUGAUAUUCAAUAUCGUCAAGGGAAUCAUUCUGCUCAACAGUUCUCAGAUCCUUGAGAAAAUAUUUGGAGAUGAGCUGAUCAUGGAAAUUAUCGGAUGCCUUGAGUAUGAUCCUGGUGUUCCUCACUCGCAGCAUCACCGGAAUUUUCUGAAGGAACAUGUCGUUUUUAAGGAGGCAAUACCAAUUAAAGAUCCCUUAGUCCUGUCAAAGAUACACCAAACCUACAGAAUCGGUUACUUGAAGGAUGUUGUUUUGGCUAGAGUUGUAGAUGAUGCUAUUGUUGCAAACUUGAAUUCAGUAAUCCAUGCGAACAAUGCCAUUGUUGUUUCAUUGCUGAAGGAUGAUAGCACUUUUAUUCAAGAAUUAUUUGCAAGGUUGAAGUCACCGUCUACAUCUAUGGAAUCCAAGAAAAUUUUGGUAUAUUUCCUGCACGAAUUUUGUAGUUUAAGCAAGAGCCUCCAAGUGGUGCAGCAGCUACGGCUUUUUAGGGACCUUAUUAAUGAAGGGAUUUUUCAUGUCAUAGAGGAAGUCUUGCAGAUUCCCGACAAAAAACUCGUAUUAACUGGGGCAGAUAUCCUGAUGCUUUUCUUGGCUCAAGACCCCAACCUUUUACGUUCUUAUGUUGUUCGUACAGAAGGAACCCCCCUGCUCGGCCUCCUGUUGAAGGGAAUGACGGAAGACUUUGGUGAAAAGAUGCAUUGCCAAUUUCUAGAAAUUAUCCGAACAUUACUGGAUGCAAAUGCAUUGUCUGGUGGAGUUCAGCAGAGAGCGAAUAUCAUGGAUAUUUUCUAUGAGAAGCAUCUACCUGAGUUAGUGGAUGUUAUUACUUCCUCAUGUCCUGACAAGUCAGCCAACACAUCUGAAGGCGCAGCCGGAAGGAUCAUCACAAAGCCUGAAGUCCUACUGAACAUAUGUGAACUGCUGUGCUUUUGCAUCAUGCAAGAUUUAUCUAGAACGAGAUGCAGUUUUCUCCAAAACAACGUGACUGAAAAGGUCUUCCAUCUCACACGGAGAAAAGAAAAAUACCUAGUGGUUGCCGCUAUUCGAUUUGUCCGUACUCUCCUAUAUGUGCAUGAUGAUUAUGUCCAGAGUUACGUUGUUAAGAACAAUGUUCUGAAACCGAUUAUGGAUGUCUUCAUUGCCAAUGGGAACCGGUACAAUCUACUGAACUCUGCCGUCUUGGAUCUGCUUGAGCACAUACGCAAGGGAAAUGCGACUCUGUUACUCAAAUACAUAGUUGAUACGUUCUGGGAUCAGUUGGCCCCGUUUCAGUGCUUGGCCUCCAUCCAGGCUUUCAAGCUCAAGUAUGAACAGUGCUUAGAAACUGCCAGACCGAAAAGCACAGCUGAUGCUGUUGAUCCGAGAAGAAGAGUUGAGGAGCGUGCUUUGGAUAAAGAGGAGGAAGAUUAUUUCAACGAAGAGAGCGAUGAAGAAGAUUCUGCAUCUGCUUCGAAUACACAAAAGGAAAAACCUGCUUAUAAUACAGAGAAAGAUCAAGCAGAGCCUCAUCUUUCAAAUGGAGUGGAUGCAAGCCCUUCUUCUUCUUCCAGCACGAGGUCUGGAGGCUUAGUUGACUAUGAGGACGAUGAAGAUGAUGAAGACUAUAAGCCUCCUCCUCUGAGGCAGUCAGAGGAGGACGAAGACGAGCUCCUUAGCUUGAAACGCAAAUCCCCUUUGGUGGAAAGAGAACAAGAGCCAUCCAAAAAAACACGGCUGGGUAAAAGAGAAAAUGUGUUUACUGUGCUGUGCUCGACGCUGAGCCAUGCAGUGCGAACGGGCAAGAAAAGUCAAGGCACGUCUGAAUCUGCAGCCAAGGAACCUGAGGAAUCUAGAAGUAGUGAAGAGAAUACUAGAAGCAGUUCAGAUGAUGAAGGCCGUAAGGAGGAUGAUGGAGUUGCCUGUUGUGAACACGGAACAUCAUCAGACAAUGGAAAGCUGAAUGCGGAAGAAUCCGUGGUAGUAGCUCAAAAAUCAUCACCUGAGAUGGCUGUAAAUGGCCGUGCAGCCACACUAUAAAUUUUUGAAUUUUAGUAUAUUUUUAUUUGAAAUGGAAAUGUAAUAGGCCUACAAAAUGUAAGCUCAACAAGCUAACAUUCUUUUUUGUAUUUUAUGGCUUUUAUUCUGUGGGCUUAUAUUUGAAAUGGAAUCUAGUAUUUAGAUAA